CGAGAAGCGACAUAUUUUAACUGCAUGGAGACGAUUUUUACAGAAGAAAACAAGCAGCCUUUUUGAAAACUGACCCUGUGGAAUGACUUUGGAAAUGGCCUCAUCGUUUCAUCUGCCGAGAAGCACCAGCACACGAGAGACUGUGGAAAACACCAGCAGCGAGUCUUCUGAUAAUGAAACAGCAGAAAAGGAGAGAUCUGUCGAGCAAAGGAGUGACGAUGGAAACGCGGACGAAUCAAAGAAAAAGAAACAAAGACGGCAGAGGACUCACUUCACCAGCCAGCAACUGCAGGAGUUGGAAGCUACUUUCCAGAGGAACCGGUAUCCAGACAUGAGCACCAGAGAGGAGAUCGCGGUGUGGACUAACCUCACAGAGGCCCGAGUCCGGGUCUGGUUUAAAAACCGAAGGGCGAAAUGGAGAAAGAGAGAGCGCAACCAGCAAAUGGAUUUGUGUAAGAACAGCUAUCUACCCCAGUUCAGCGGUUUAAUGCAACCUUACGAUGAUGUCUAUCCUGCAUACACCUACAACAACUGGACCAACAAAGGACUCGCGACAGGCCCACUGGCCACUAAGAACUUUACUUUUUUUAACUCUAUGAGUCCCCUCACAUCCCAGUCCAUGUUCUCAGCUCCAAGCUCAAUCUCAUCCAUGACUAUGGCAUCCGGGAUGGGACAUUCUGCCGUGCCCGGCAUGUCAGCAACAGGUCUAAAUAACAUCGGCAAUCUAAACGGCAUCGGGACCUCCUCAAUAAAUUCGGCCAUGAGUUCGUCCACAUGUCCGUAUGGGCCUCCUGGCUCACCUUACAGUGUGUACAGGGACACUUGCAAUUCCAGCCUUGCGACGUUAAGACUGAAAUCCAAGCAGCAUCCAUCUUUUGGAUAUAGCGGUUUGCAGAGUCCUGGCUCUGGUCUUAACGCAUGCCAAUACAAUAGUUGACGAAUUACCAACCUGCGAAUUACAUACCAAUAAAUGGAUACAUGAACAAUGGACAACCAUACUGGAUUUGAUGCAAUCGGCAUUUCCAAAGGGAUUAUGCGGAUUGUCUGUGUUUACCUAAACUUGCACAACAAUUUAAUUGUCCAGAUUUGGGGAUUUGACAUUAUGAAGACAUGUUAAAGUUACACAAUGUAAAUAUAGCAUAGGUUAUAUAAACGUGGAACAAUGGAACAUUUGCACCAUUUGAAAAUGACUGGGUGCUUUUUAUGGGAACAAACACAAACCUGUUACUAGGACGUCGUGUUUAUUGUAGGCCUAGAUAGCCUACUACUUAAAUUGUGUCUGUGAGUAUUGUGCACUUGCAUGUCUCAUGCAGAGGUUGUGUGGUCCAUCUUCUCGUAGUUGUUUGGUUGCUUCAAUAAACUUACCGCAUGCUUAUUCCGAGUGAAAAAAUGUUUUGGUUUAAAAUCAUAUGAAUGUGUAGACUAAAUAACAAAGCUAUAGCUUUAUAUUGUACUCCUGUUGAUUGAAAACUGUGUUUUAUAUGUUUAUAAUAAUGUUUAAAUAAAUCUCAAAAUAAAUAAUUUCUGAAACUAUUUAUCAG